GCACACGCGCCAACUUUACUAGCCCUUGCAGAUUACGACACGUGUACGGUGACGUGUGUAUAAGCCUUUGGCGCUUCCCUUCCUCCCUGCACCGAACUCUGGUUCUAGAGAGAGAAACCUUUCUGCGACUCUGAGAGAGAGAGAGAGAGACAAGUUACUGUGUCAGUGUCUGAAUCGAGCAAUGGGAAGCAACGAAGAAGGAAAGACCACACAGUCUGACAAGCCAGCACAAGUACAAGCUCCUCCUCCUCCUCCUGAGCAAAGCAAUGUUCAUGUGUAUCAUCAUGAUUGGGCUGCUAUGCAGGCGUACUAUGGACCAAGAGUAGCCAUAACUCCUCAAUAUUACAACUCAAAUGGUCAUGCAGCUCCACCUCCUCCUUAUAUCUGGGGCUCUCCUUCGCCAAUGAUGGCUCCUUAUGGAACACCAUAUCCACCGUUUUGUCCUCCUGGUGGAGUCUAUGCUCAUCCUGCUCUUCAAAUGGGCUCACAACCACAAGGGCCUGCUUCUCAAGCAACACCUGUUGUUGCAACUCCGUUGAACUUGGAAGCUCAUCCAGCUAACUCAUCUGGAAACACGGAUCAGGGGUUCAUGACAAAGUUGAAAGAAUUUGAUGGACUUGCAAUGUCUAUAAGCAAUAACAAAUCUGGGAGCGGUGAACAUAGCAGUGAACCUAAGAAUUCUCAGAGUUCUGAGAAUGAUGAUUCCAGCAAUGGCAGUGAUGGGAAUACAACUGGGGGAGAACAGUCUAGGAAGAAAAGAAGCCGGGAAGGAUCACCAAACAACGAUGGGAAGCCUUCAUCUCAAAUUGUUCCUCUUCUAAGAGAUGAAAGUGAGAAACAUGCAGUGACUAUGGGGACUCCUGUUAUGCCCACAGCUAUGGACUUCCCACAGCCAUUCCCUGGUGCGCCUCAUGAAGUCUGGAAUGAAAAAGAGGUUAAACGAGAGAAGAGAAAACAGUCAAACAGAGAAUCUGCUAGAAGGUCAAGACUGAGGAAGCAGGCUGAAACUGAAGAACUGUCCGUCAAGGUUGAUGCACUAGUUGCUGAGAACAUGACUCUGAGGUCAAAACUAGGCCAACUAAACGAUGAGUCUGAGAAACUACGGCUGGAGAACCAAGCUUUAUUGGAUCAACUGAAAGCGCAAGCAACUGGGAAAACAGAGAACCUAAUAUCUGGAGUUGAUAAGAACAACUCUGUAUCAGGUACUAGUAGUAGUAAGAAUGCGGAACAGCAACUCUUAAACGUAAGUCUAAGAACCGAUUCUGUCGCGGCUAGCUGACUGUGACGCAAAAGGAAGAACCCACUUCAUGUCUUCUAAUGGAUUCUGAUUGUAACUUCUUAAAAAGAUUUUUUUUUCCUUAGAUUUAUAGCUCUCUGCAUGGUGAACAGAAACUGAUGUAAUAUCCUUAAGCAGAAGAGACUCAGAGCGUGAUCUGAUCUGCGACCACUUGAUUGGUGAUGUUUGAUUAGGUUUAGUUAUAUUUUUAUACAAGCAAAUGGAUUGAGAUGAGGAGAGACCUAUUUUGAUGGUUUCUCUGCUUCAUGAUCGUGUGUGUUUCGUCUUUUAUAAAACACUCUUUUUUUGUGUGUUUUGUUUUUAACA